GCGUAAUUUUAGCUGUCCUAUCCGUUCGGCAAGGAAAGAGUCGGAGAAGCGAGGAACUGACAUUGCGGGAGAGGCCACACUCCCUUCUCUGUAGCUUCAAUGGCUUCGUCUUCCGCCAUUCUUCCCUGUAAUCUGAAGCUCCGCUCUUCAUUCACUCCUUCGGUCUCUCUGCAACAUUACCAACAACGAAAGUGUGGGCUGCGACCAUCCACCCAUGGGCUUAGGGUGGUGAGGGCGUCCGCUGCUCCGGCGGUGGUGUCGACGUCCCCGACGGGCGUCGUCCUUGUAGACCGCUCGGACGCGGAGAAGGUUCACCGCCUGAAGACCGCCUACCUAGAGAAGGCCGUUCCGCUCCUCAAGGAGGAGUUCUCCUACACCAACAUACACGAGGUGCCCAAGAUAGAGAAGAUCGUGGUGAAUUGCGGAAUUGGGGAUGCCGCGCAGAAUUCGAAGGGCUUGGAGGCUGCGAUGAAGGAUCUGAGUCUGAUUACGGGGCAAAGGCCUGUCAAGACCAAGGCUAGGCAGUCCAUUGCUGGGUUUAAGCUCCGGGAGGGUUCUACCGUCGGCAUUGCCGUCACUCUCAGAGGAAAUCUGAUGUAUUCAUUCUUGGAUCGGCUGAUAAACUUGGGGCUUCCUAGGACUAGAGAUUUUCAGGGUGUGAACCCUAACAGUUUCGAUGGACAUGGGAAUUACAGUAUUGGGAUGCGUGAGCAGAGUGUGUUCCCUGAAAUUAGGUUUGAUGCUCUAGGGAAGCCAAGAGGAAUGGAUGUUUGCAUAACAACCACAGCAAAGACAGAUAAUGAAGCUCAGAAGCUACUAUCCCUCUUGGGUAUGCCAUUCCGCCAAGGUGUGAGCACGGCCCCACUUGUCAGAAAGAAGAAGCUAAAAGCUGUUCAUUUUGAUUCCAAAAAAUCUAAAGGAAGGAAGUAAUGAUAGUUGAGAUUAUGAAGGGAACUCUAGGGAGUCAUGUUUUUAUCCUUUUUCCCUUUGAACAACGAUCUCUUUUAUCUCAUUGUGUUAUCGGAAUUAGAGAAAUUCUAUGCUCCAAUCUUCUGUUUGUAGCACCAUUCUUUUGAAUCAAGCUUAGAGUUUGGCAUCAUCUUCUGCUUGGUUUGUUAUGGGAAUCUGAACUCUUUCUGGUACGAUCUUCUUUCUAUGCAACGUCCUAAAGUCUGAUGUUCUUCUCCAGUUGUUGGAGCGCACUUGGGAUGAGAUAGGUUUGAAUUCUCUUUUGCUACCUACCCAAGUGUCAUUGUCAUUGGUGGAGCUGUAACUCUUUAAUUCAAUGAGUAAAUUCUUAGAUGCA